AUGGGCAAGGCUCGCAAAAACAGAGUCCGGGCUAAUCGCGCCGACCCCAUCGCGAAGGCAGUGAAGCCGCCCUCGGACCCCGAGCUCGCUGCGUUGCGCGAGAGCCGCAUUCUCCCCGUCGUCAAGGACCUACAGAGCGCCGACAUCAAGUCUCGCACAGCCGCUGCUGGUGCCAUCGCAAACAUUGUCCAGGACACCAAGUGCAGAAAGCUUCUGCUCCGCGAACAAAUCGUUCCCAUCGUUCUUACCGAGACCCUUACCGACAACAGCAUUGACAGUCGCGCCGCCGGCUGGGAGAUCCUCAAGGUUCUCGUCCAGGAGGAGGAGAGUGACUUCUGCGUCCACCUUUACAGGCUCGACCUCCUAACCGCCAUCGAACAUGCCGCCAAGGCCCUCAACGAAACCCUUGCAUCAACCGAGCCUCCCUUUGCGAAACUCACAAAGGCCCAGCAGCGCAUCGUAUGGGAUAUGAGCAACUCCCUCCUCGUCCUUCUCAACUCCCUUGCACUCGCUCGCGAUGAGAUCCUUGACGCCAUUGUCGCCAACCAGAACGUCAUUCGCUUCCUCUUCCGCAUUGUAGCCACCGAUGUCGUUCCCCAGGAGUCCUUCGAGGAGACACUCUCCUGCCUCAUGACGCUCUCCGAAGACAACCUACCGCUCGGACAAGCCAUUACCGACGACCAAGAGACCCGUUGCUACGACAAACUACUCGAGCUUGUGGCUGCUGGCGGCCCCCGCUCCGUGCUUGCUUGCGGCGUCCUUCACAACGUGUUUGCGUCGCUCCAGUGGCUGGAUCACAGCCCAGGCAAGGAUGGUGCUUGCGAUGCCGUGCUUGUGCCGAGCUUGUCCAAGGCCUUGGAGCAGCCUCCUCCGAGUAAUAAGGACAAUGGCCAGGCCGACAGCUGGGCUCAGAUGAUGCAGGCCGCUCUCGAAAUCGUGGCCUCGAUAGGAACGGACUUGCAGACAGCACUGGAAAAGGGCAAUCGCCCUGUGCCAGGUGCUGCUGCCAAGGAUGAAGAGUGGAAUGGGAUCGAGGACACAGAGAAAGAUGACGAUGCUAUGGAUGUUGACGAGGGCUCUGGUGACGACAAUGACGAGGACGAGGACAAGGAGGAUGAGGAGGAAGACGAUGAAGAAGAGGGUGAUUCAGACGAUGAGGAGUUCGACGAAGCCGACUUGGAGAAGGUUACCGGCAUGGACUCCGAAGACGAGAGCGAAGAGAACCUCGACGAUCUACCCACCCUCCGCGAACUUAUCAACAAGGCGAUUCCUCAGCUUAUCCGACUGACCAAUAUCGCCGUGGAUGAUGACAACAGCAUAGCCAUUCAGGGCCACGCCAUUAGCGCGCUCAAUAACAUUGCCUGGACCAUUUCAUGCAUCGACUUCUCUGAAGGCGAGAACACCAACAUUUGGAAGGCGUGGGCGCCUGCUGGAAAGAGAAUCUGGCAGCGUACCAUCUCUCCCAUCCUCGAAGCCGACAACGCCGACCUGCAGCUUGCCACGCAAUUGACCAGUCUCGCUUGGGCUGUGGCCCGCAGCCUCAGCGGCACCACCCCUCUCGGCAAGAACGAGCACCGCAAGUUCAUGUCUCUUUACCAGGUGUCCAAGGCGCAACAAAAUGUCAUCACGCCUGAUGAAAACAAGGAGCAACAACCUCAGGAGGAUCCUUUCCAAGGCCUUGGCGUCAAGUGCAUUGGUGUUCUCGGCGCUCUUGCUCGCGACCCCGCCCCUAUCGAUAUCAACAGGGAGGUUGGUGUCUUCUUGAUGACCCUUCUCGGUAGUGCCGGGGAGCCCGGUGUUGCUCCGGCGGACAUCAUUCAGGCACUCAACGAAGUUUUCGAUAUCUACGGUGAUGAGGAGUACACGUGUGACGCCGAGGUGUUCUGGAAGGAUGGCUUCCUCAGCCACUUGGAGGAGCUCCAGCCCAAGUUGAAGGCAGUUGCCAAGGGCAUCAACAAGAGGACCUUUGAGGAGCUCAGGAUAAAGGCCGAUGAGGCUAUGGUAAACCUGGGAAGGUUUGUGCAGUACAAGAAGAAGCAUGCGCCCAAGUCAAAGGAGGUAAAGAAGUAA